AUGCCCGGAAAACGCGCUCGCGAGGAGGAUUCUAGCUCCGACGCCGGGGCACGCCCCGCGGCCGAUGACACUAGGAAACCCAAGAAAGCCAAGCACGGAUUCCGUGUCGGGCCUGAGAACCUCCCUGACGGUCCCUGGCGACGAAAGGUGACCAAGAUCAAGAAAGACCUGAUCACCAAGGCCAAGGUCAAGAAGCAGUACGCCAAAAUCAAGGCGCAAUACCAACAGCAACAACAACAACACGCCGCCCCUCUCCCGGCCCAAGACCAGACCACGGCCACGGCCGAAGCAGCCGGCGGUACCGCCGCUCCCCCGGAGCAACAGCAACAGCAACAGCAGCAGCAGCAGCAGCAAGGCGAAGAGGCCAGACCAGCUGAACCGAAGGGCGUGCCCCAGAUCCACCCGGAGCGACAAGCCAUGCUCGAGUCGUCGUCCGCCGCCGCCGCCGCCGCCGCCGCCAAGCCGGAGAGCCGGUCCGCCAACAACGACAACCACAACGACAAGGACAACGACAACCACAACGACAAGGACAACGACAACCACAACGACAAGGACAACGAGGAGGAAGAAGCGCAGGGGCGCGGGACGGGGCCGAAGGGGCCGCAACAGCGUCGGCGCCAUCGCCAUGGCCAUCCCGACUACUUCGCCAAGGAGCUCGCGGCCGCCGAGCGCGCCAAGAAGCAGGCGGAGGAGCGGCGGGCCGAGCGGGAGCGGCGCGAGCAGGAGCGGCAGCGGCGCGUCGCGGAGCGCGAGCGCUACCGCAGGGCCAUGGCCAAGGCCAAGACGCCCGGGCGCGACGGCAAGGUCAAGCUCGGGAGGGAGGGCAAGAUCCUGCUCGAGAAGGUCAAGAAGCUCGUGGGCGAGGGUAAAUGA